UAUGAGACCUCUAACAUCAGCUAGUCCAAAUAAGAUUCCCAUAUCAAAUUUUGCAAGUGUCGAUCGAGAUAAAACAAGAGGGCAAACCUACACUCCUUAAUACACCAAAGUUGAGGAUGUUUAGUCGCCUAAAAAUCAAAAUAGUUUAAAUGCUUCUCAAUAAAAUGAAAUCUAAACACUCAAAAAACUUGUAAUCUAAUUAGAUUCCAGGAUAAACUAAUAAAAUGAAACAAUUACUUAGAUUAAAUUUGACUUGGAAAAAAUGAAAGAAUUAAAUUCAGAGUUGAUUGAAAAAUUAAAAAUGGCUGCUUCUCCAACUUAUACUAAUUCAAAUAACCUCGAUAGAAGAGCAGUUGAUGAUCAAAAAAAAUUAAAAUAAGAAAUCAUGUAAUUGGGAAACAAGUUUUCUGAAAUGGUAUUUAAAGUAUAAUUAUUUUAUAGAAAGUUGACUAUGAAACCAAACAAAUGUCAUUGGAAGAAAAAGUACGAUCCAUUCAAAUUUCUUUUGAAAAUAGAAUGAAAAUAUUCUUUGAAUCUAAAAUGGAAUUUGAAGAUAUUUAUAAUUCAAUCAAUUAAUUAGGUAAAUUAUUGACAUAACAAAUAGCUAACGAGUUGAGUCUUUUAAAAGAUAAAACCUGUCCAACCGAUAUGAUUAAUGAAACCUACCAUGUGGAUUAGAAAGGAUACUUGAUGGACUCAUAAAAUAAUUACUUGCUUGAUAAAGGGUAAAUGAUAAAAUUGAAUGAAAAAUAAAUUUCAUAUUUAAAGUAACAUCAUAAAUUAUUAUGA